CUCCGCAGCGUGCACGCCGCGACUGACGCGCGCCCCUUGGGCGCGCGCCCCUUGGGCCCGGCGGCCGACGCCUCGGCGCGGAAGCGCCGCAGGCGGGCGGCACCCACGGCGACGGGGCUCCGCCGUCCCCCCGACGGGAGCGGGGGGACGGCUGCCGCAGACGAGGCUCAUCGCGCCGCACGACCGGGCCGGCCCGAGGACCGCGCGGCCGCGAGACGCGCCGCCGCCGCGGCCGCCACCGCGGGGGCCGCUGGCCACUGUGUUCGGGUUGCUGCGGCUGGACCCCGCGGAGGGCCUCGCCGAGCGCGGGCACGAGAACGCGGUGGCCAGCCGCUCGCCUACCAAGGCGACUAUCCAGUGCAGCGACCGGACGCGCCACGUCCUCCUUUCCUUGCGACUCCGCAAGGGCUACAUCGUGUAUUGCUUCUGCUGCUUUCUACUCUCGGUGGUGGUCUGUGUCACCUCGUUCAUGCGCAUCGCCAACGCGAAGCUCGCCGGCGAGGAUGCCCUCGCCGCGGGCCCGUACCUCUGGGAGACCGCGCUGGAGGUCGCCAUAGGCCUGGCCAUCCUGGGGGAGACGGCGGUGACCCUGUGGCUCGCGGGGCGUCGGGCGUUUGUCCGCGACUGCUGGUGCCUCUUUGACGUCUGCGUGUGUGCGGCGACGCUCCUGAACUGGGCUCUCCUGGCAGCACGCCGACUGAGCAUGUUGCUGGCCAGCGAUCUGUUCCUCAUCUCGUUCCGCUUCGUCAUGCAGCCCUGCCGGCUGCUGGCGGCGCUGUCCAUGUACAGGCGCGGCCGCACGAUGCACCAGAGCAAUGAUAUGGACAUCUCCUUCGGCUCGCCCGAGAAGGAGGCCCGCUCUGAGCGCGAGCGGUGA